AUGCAGUUCUAUCACGGUAUCUUGCUCCUUCUAGCAACCGCUCUUCCUACCCACGCGGACUAUUGCUACCACAGCGAUUUUGAUCUCAACUUUCAACCGGCAAUCACUUAUCGCUAUUACAACAGCAACAACGGCCACUGGAGCUGGAACGCCCAGAGCGGAAGUGGAGUCGUUCAGGAUAACGGAUGGAUGUACUUUGACGGUGAUAUGCACUCUCACACCGCCGUCAUGUUUGUUACUUUCAAAGACGGAUCAACAACGAAAUACCAAUACGACCCGUCCAAUGAAAACGCCAAGGGAUGGUGCCAAAUUUUUCCCGACGGUGCCCAGAACAAUAUCAGGAAUGUAGGCGGUGGUUAA